AUGGUGCCCUCAAAGAAGUUCAGAGGUGUCAGGCAACGUCAUUGGGGAUCUUGGGUUUCUGAAAUUCGCCAUCCUUUACUGAAAAGAAGAGUGUGGCUAGGGACAUUUGACACAGCAGAAGAGGCAGCAAGAGCAUAUGAUGAAGCAGCCAUUUUAAUGAGUGGCCGAAAUGCAAAGACAAACUUCCCAUUAACCCAUCAUCAUCAAAACUCUGAUGGAGAACCAAACACUAGUAAUGAUGAGAAACCACCAACGAAAUUAAUACCCACAAAACCCUUAUCAGAAAUUCUUCGAUCCAAACUCCGAAAAUGCAACAAGGCACCAUCUCCAUCUCUCACUUGUUUGAGGCUGGACGUUGAGAAUUCCGGUAUAGGAGUAUGGCAAAAGCGUGCUGGUCCAUCAUCAGAUUCAAAAUGGGUAAUGAGGAUCGUGUUUGAUCAGAAUAAAGAGAAAUAUUCAAAAUCUGCAGACGAUCAAGAAUUUAGCUCUUCAUCUAGGUCCUCAGCACUGCAGUUUCAAGGUUCAACCACGAGAAGCGAGAUGGAAGAAGAGGAGAGAAUUGCACUGCAAAUGAUUGAAGAACUUCUUCAAACAUGA